AUGCAUCAGGGUGCAGGCGAUCUUCUAUGUCAAAUUGCUAAAGCUGGACGGUCAAAAACAAAUGUGACCCGGAACUUGCAGACCUGUAUCUUGAAAAGAGGAGUGUCUUUGCCCAUUCAACUGGACCUUUGCAGGGUGAGGAUUCGUGUGAGGCGGCCUCGGGUGAGGGAAGUCCAAGUCUAUUGGCCGUGCCUCUCAAUGAAAUCAUGGGCAUCGGUGAUGCUCAAUACAUACCCUCGAUUCAUGUUGGGUGGGUUUGAUUUGACAGAGGAGUCUCAAUGGAAGACUCUUUUCUCCGGGUUUUGGCAAACAUACCGGGAGUUUGACCCAAACCACGACAUCUACCAGCACUCAGACCUGGAUUGGUCAACAGUGAUCCCAUAUUUGAUUCAUGGCGAUGAAGGACGAGGUGCCCGACAGCAGCCUUUCAUGGUUGAGAGUUGGCAGGUCCUGAUACCUUUCACUGGUCCUGCCAGUACUACUGUUUCUGGCCAUUCGUUCUGCAGCCGAAUGUUGUUUACAUGUGUGUCGUCCAAGCUUUACAGUGGGGAGAACACCUUGCAUGAUAUCAGUGUUGAAUGGACACGGCAAAUGCGUGGGAUAUUUGAGGAGGGAGUUCAGGCUGGUGGCCAUACUUUCAGGUUUUCAUGGUGUGGAUGCAAGGGAGAUUGGCCAUUCCUACGGAAGGUAUGGGGCCUGAAGACAGGGUUCACAUCGCUGCGAAAGUGUCAUUUGUGCAGCAGUGAGGAGUGGUGGAACUUCAGCGAUGAUGCACCAUGGAGGGUGCAACCAUCCUCAGCUCCUUUCAAGGAUGAAAGGUCACCGCUGCGGGAUCUGGCUGGGGGUGAAGACCCCAGAAAUAUUAGGCCAGAUAUUUUUCACACCUUCCACCUUGGAUUUGGUGCCGAUAUGGCGGCUAGCUGCAUUUGUUGGAUGGCUAGACUUCAAUGUUUCGGGUAUGCACGGAAGUUUGACGAUAUGUUGGAGCUUGCAUUUGACUUCUUUAUCCAGUGGGUCCAUCAGCACAAGAAGUACACAAGCUGCAAAGUGUUUAGCAGGGAUAGCUUCAAGAUGGACACGACCAACGACUUCCCGACGUCUUUGGGUGGAAAAGGACACGACACAGCAGUAGUUUGCAGGUGGCUUCAGCAUGCCUUGGAGCAAACAGAUGUUGAUGGUCAGAGUAUUCAGAUCAUGCGGUACACCGUCAGCUGUGCCAACGCCAUCUUUGAUAUCCUUCAUCAGAAUGGUGUGUUCCUCCCGGCACGUGCCAAGCAUCGUGCCAUUAUCCUUUUCAGGGACGUGUGUGUUGGAUAUGGCCAGCUCGCCCGGAUGGCAAAGAAUGCAAAUUUGAAGCUUUUCUAUAUGAGACCUAAGGUCCAUAUGUUUGAGGAGAUAGGAAACCUUCUGCACACGACAGAAGAAAAUGGUCAGACCUUAUCGCCUUUGACUUCAGCUUGCUGGUCAGACGAAGACUUUAUAGGUCGUGUCAGCAGGAUUUCCAGAGCCACACAUGGCCUGACUGCUACCAUAAUGACGCUUAGACGUUCACUUGGACUUUACGCUGCACAGUUUAGACGCCAGUUUGGUGGGCAGCUGCGGUCUUCUCACCUUGAUUAG